AUGAGCGGCACCAGCGCCAGGUCCAGCCACCUGUCUCAGCCGGUCGUGAAGAGCGUGCUGGUGUACCGCAACGGGGACCCCUUCUUCGCGGGGCGCCGCUUCGUCUUCCACGAGAAGAAGGUGUCCAGCUUCGACGUCUUCCUCAAGGAGGUGACGGGCGGCGUUCAGGCGCCCUUUGGGGCCGUCAGGAACAUCUACACCCCGCGGACCGGGCACCGCAUCCGGAAGCUAGACCAGAUCCAGACCGGGGGCAACUACGUGGCCGGGGGCCAGGAAGCCUUCAAGAAACUCAAUUACUUGGACAUAGGAGAAAUCAAGAAAAGACCAAUGGAAGUUGUGAAUACAGAGGUAAAACCAGUAAUCCACAGCAGGAUCAAUGUGUCAGCUCGCUUUAGAAAACCGCUCCUGGAACCCUGCGCUAUCUUCUUGAUUGCAAAUGGAGACCUUAUAAACCCAGCUUCUCGACUCCUCAUCCCUAGAAAAGCCUUGAAUCAGUGGGAUCAUGUACUACAAAUGGUCACGGAAAAAAUAACUCUGAGGAGUGGGGCUGUCCACAGACUUUAUACUUUAGAAGGAAAACUGAUUGAGAGUGGGGCAGAGUUGGAGAAUGGGCAGUUUUACGUGGCUGUCGGCAGAGAUAAGUUUAAGAAAUUGCCUUACAGUGAAUUACUUUUUGACAAGUCAACGAUGAGAAGGUCUUAUGGUCAGAAAGCCUCUUCACUACCUCCUAUUGUAGGAUCCAGAAAGUCUAAAGGGAGUGGAAAUGAUCGCCAAUCUAAGUCAACAGUUGGAUCCAGCGACAACUCAUCUCCUCAGCCCCCAAAGAGGAAAGGGAAAAAAGAAGAUGUGAAUUCAGAAAAACCCACGAAAGGGAAACAGAAUGUAAAGUUAAAGAGUUCGCCGCAAACAAUUCCAAACAGUGAUGAAGGCGUUUUCAAAGCUGGAGAGGAAAGAUCAGAAACGCGGGGGGCUGCAGAAGUCCAAGAAGAUGAAGAUACUCAAGUUGAGAUUCCAGUUGACCAGAGGCCAGCAGAAAUAGUAGAUGAGGAAGGUAGAGAGAAAGAAAAUAAGGAAGUGGGACAGAAGGAAGACUUCUCAGGAAUGAAUGGUGGAGUUGAAGAGGAAGGAGGCAGGGACGCUACGGAAGCUCCAGAGCAAGCAGAGGAGAUCCUGGAUCACAGGGAGGAGAAGCCAGGUCCUGCUGGUGUGAACAGAGGCACAAAUGAAGAAAAUGGCGAGGAACUGGACCAGGUUAAUAAUGAGAUUCAAGAAGCAGUGGAUGAGGAAAUAAAGUCUCAAGGAGCUGGCAGUGGAUGUGAAGAGGCUGACUUGGACCCUCAAAGACCCCCAAAGCCAGAAGUAAAAAUCACCAGCUCACAAGAAAAUGAUAACAAUGAACAAAACAAGGAUAAUCUGUCAUAG